AUGGAAUCAACUCCUCCUAAAAAAGUCCAGCUAAGUCCACAAUCAGCUUCAACCCCUCAGUUCUCUUCUUAUCACGAUCAGUUGAGUAACUUGGGUAUGAGAAUCAGAGCCAGUGUCGACUUGAAUUACCAACCUGGUGCUUACAACAGAUCAAAAAUUCCAGAAAACUUACAGAAUCCACAAGCAAUGCUAGUAAACCAAAGAACUACUUCUUCAAAUUUGGAUUCCAUGUUUAACUCUUCCUCUUCUUCCUCCCAACAAAAGAGAUCGAGAAGAGAUGACGACGAUGAAGAUUUUUAA